AUGGUUCAGUAUAAGAUCCUUGGGCCAGGCAUUCAGCCAGCCAGCCAAACACCAGCGCAGACAGAGCUGCGCAUUCAUGGCACAGAUGAGGUGCUUGUCGUGCCGGUGGUCACCAGCACCAAGGUGCUGGAGCUCAAGGAGAUGCUGUCCAUGAAGCUAGGCAUCUACCCCAAUGAUUUACAGAUCUUCACAAGGGCGGGUGGCUAUUGGCGGCUGCAGAUGGAUCAUGAGGAGAUAGGCAGAAAAGUCCGGGUCAAAGGCAUCAAGUCCUUCACACCCGAGCGGGCCCAGUACGAGCACCCUUUCCUGAUCAUCGGUGCGGGGCAUAUUGGACUGCGGCACGGCAUCUACUUACUCCAGCAUGAUCAUCCCAACUUCGUUAUCGUGGAUCGAAGGGACAAGGUUGGUGGGACCUCAUGGAUCGCGCAGGCCAACAAGACGUCGAAGCUACAAACGGAGCUGGGCACAUACCACUUACAGUACGACGAGAUCAACCCCGUACCCAAAAACAUGUCUACUUGGCCAUCGCGCGAUGAACUGCUGGACCACUUUGCGCAGGUCUCGGCUGAUUACGGGCUCAUGCCCCACAUCCAGCUCCAAACCAAUGUGAAAAGUAUCAGCGUGCUUGGGACAAGCUCAGCCAGUGGACCUUUGGGAGAUGUGAGCCUCGAGGCAACGGAGAACUACACCGGCAACCUGCCCCCUGAACCCACACGGAAGGGCCUGAAGAGCAUGACGGUGAGCUGUGUCUUCAUGUAUCCGGGGAACUUAUCUCUACCAAGGCAGUACGAAUACAAGGGGGAGGAUGUCUUUGAUGGGACGAUCGAGUAUGCCAUGUUCGAUAACAUCGACUACAGUGCAGCUGUCACAGGAAAAGAUAUCAUGAUCGCCGGGCAUGGCGCCUUUGGGGUGGAAAAUAUCCGCACAUGCUGCGAGUUUUCUUCCAAGAAGAUCUACAUGGUCUGCCGAAGGAAAAAUCUCGCCUGUCCUCGGGUAUGUUCUUGGUUUGCCAACCAAUCAGAUCCCCCAGUCUCAGGAGCCAUGUUUUUGGAGAGCAUGGAGCCAGCUUACAAUCUCAUUGGCUUCGACCCAUGGGCCUUUCACUCGGUUAUCGCCAACUCGGCAAGGACCAACGCACAUAUCGCCCAGAAGUCACGAUUUGGCAUUGGAGACGUGUAUUUCCUGGCCCUGAGUAUGGGGAAGUGUGAGGUCAUUGUCGACGAGGUAAAGCGACUUUCCGCGGGAAAGGUCCACCUCGAGUCCGGAAGGGAGCUCUCGGUACAGACAAUUCUCAAAGUUUUCGGCUUUGUAGGAGACUUUGAGGUUGACCGACUGCUAAAGAUCAAGACCAUGUAUGGCUUCUGGCCUGAUGCCGACAACCGACGAUAUACCGCCAGUGAGCAUCCGGGAGUUCAUGCCAGCAACUUUGGCGGCACCAGCCUUUCUCCAGGUGCGAUCGCCUGGGUCCAACAUGCAAGCCACAUGAUGUGGUUGCCCAAAGACUGGCGCAGAGUGGUCGAGUCCCAACAGCUGCCCAGCAACGAGCGGGACGACUCGAUAUCUCGGCCCGCCUACGUCUUCGAUGCCAAGACUGCGCUCCCGUUGGGCUUCAUCCUACCUGCGAUCUGCCCGGCGCUGGGCGAGAUGCAGGCGGGACUCGGCGCCCUCAAGAGAAGGAAGCAGCUCGAAUGCCAUCCUGUGGAGCGAUUUCUUGAGGAGUGCGAAAGUGAGUGGGAGGACUAUGCCCGGAAGUGGAAAGCGGAGGAUCCUUCGUUGAAGGAUCAUCCCAAGUACCCGUACUCCCUUGCAAAGGUCCGAGAGCUGCUGAAGAAGCACGACGCAUCCACCCAAACUGGCCGAUGA